AAGUCUUACAUUUUAUUUACUUUAAAAUGACAACUCUUUGGCAUGUUGUCCUUUUAAUUGUUCUUUUAGUUUCUCUCGGUAAUACUCCAAUAAAUGCCAAGCUUUCAAUCGAUGUAGGAGAGAGUAUUAUAAAAAUUCAAACUAUGUUAUCAGAAAAUGUGAGAUACAAUUGUGGCUCGGCGGGAAGCUUUGCGGGAUCUUCGGGAUCAACAUCUCAAAUAGUAGUUGCAUCUUCCACUAAUACUGAAUGUGAUGUCCUGCGAAGCAGUUAUAAUAGUGUAUUUCUUGCUCAUGAUGUUGCAUAUGAUCAAAAUCAUAUCUUUAUAUUUUGGCAGAUAAGGUCGGAUGGGUUGUAUCAUAGUUGGGAUGAACAAUCAUGGUUGGGAUGAACAAUCAUGGGUAAA